CACAUCGCGAACCACAACCAUUCUUGCAGUUGCAGAAUAUUGUGUUCAGCAAAUUUUCUGGAGCUGGAGGUGACAAUGGAGCACUACUUCCAAACACUACAAUGUAUGCUGGGACUCUGCUUUGUAAUCAAACACCUUGUACAUGUAUACCCGGCUGUCCGUUUACUAUCUACUUAGAAUUUUUAUCCCCAAAAUAUUUAGAAAAUAUGAAGCCUAAUAUUCUGGCUACUUACGCUGGAGUGACUAUACCGUAUCCAUUGACCCAGGAUGAUGCUUGUGAUGGGAUAGAAAACACUCAGUGCCCGAUAGUAAAAAAUGAACACAUUAAAUAUAAAAUAUCGAUGGAUAUUUUAAAUAUUUUUCCUGAGGUAACAGUGGCACUAGAAUUCACUAUUAAAGACCAAGACACUGGCGAUGCUGUUAUAUGUGUACUUUUUGAUAUUGAUGUAAGGAAAAUUGAUUGUCCCAGCUGAGAAAUAAUAUAAAUGUAAUAAAUACGUUAUAAUAGACUACAUAAAUUAAAGAUAUGAAGUGCC